CGAAGCGCAGAACGAGGAAAUUUCAUACAUCCGUGGAAAAAGAGAAAAUUAAACAAAAGGACAUUAUACAAGUGCAUAAAAUAAUUAAAAGUAUAAAAUUUAUAAUAUUUUGCUUUAGUUUAAUUAUAUAAAGGAGUGAAAAGUGCGUGGAUAUUGCAAAAAAACAACAAAGAAGUAAACUCGCUCAAAGCAACUAAGAGUUGUGGCUGCGGCAACCGAGUGAAAGUGUCGCGGAAAUUCUGGGCUUCGUCUGCCCGCACCGCGUUGCGCUGUUUUUAUGCGCUUUGUUGGGCUCCGCUGCUGGACACAAGUUUGCAGCGAACGUUUUUGCAAACGGACAAAACGAAAAAUGCACUUAGCGAAUGAAGUAAUUAGAAAAUAACAGAAAAGGUGGACAAAAUAGAGCCAAACAUUGUGAAAAACACGGAUGGUGGGAAAUACGGAAAUAAAGUAGCGAAUACCAACCGAACAAGUUAACGAAUAACUGGCGCGUGCAACUACAUUCAGUAUUGCCUUAAAUCGAAAAUAUAUACAUAGUUUUGUGAUAAAUUAGACAAAUUCUAUGUCUAAAAUAUAUGCAUGCAAUAAGAAGAGUAAUUGAGUUUAUAGCAUAAAGUUGUUAAGAGCAGUCUUUAAAUGCGACCUCGUCCGUUUUCUACGUCACAUCGUGGUGCUUGCAAGUGCGAGCGCGAAAGAUCGCCAUCAUUGUAGAUGUCGCAGGUACUGCAGCGUCAUCAAGUCAAUUGAAACUAAAUUGUGCUGGUGCAGUUGAAUUGCAACUGCAUUAAUAAGCACAUAACUUUGAGUACAACUAAUGGAAUCAAGAAAGGCAAAAGAUCUACGAGUGCGCGUACGACGCAUAAAAGUAAACUCUUCCACCUGCAGCUCUAGCACUGCCCCAAUAGCAGAUGCUGUUUUUACAUCAAGUAAGACGGAAGUUACUGACGAGAUGGAAACGGAAACUCCAUGUACCAGCAAGAGCACGUUGGUGCCAUCUAAUAGAUCAUCGCCUUCAACCUCUGAUGGCGACGAUUUCGCAACCGUGCAUUUUAAGCUAGCAGCCGCAUUAGAAGCUCAUCUUCUUGAUUGGCAAAGCAUGAAAUCUGCACUAUUAGCUGAAGCUAAACUUAAUUUCAAACUUAAAAGUCGUAGCAAUGAGAAGACAGAAGAUAAUGAAACCGAACCACAAAGCUCUGAUGUAGAACACCAAGAUUCUGCUACAGAGGAGACGCGAUUGAGUGGUGUGCUAUUAAAAGCGCGGCAAGAUAGUGAUAGCAGCAGUACUAGUUCCAGUGACGAAGACGACGAUGUGCCUGAAAUACUUCUGCUGUCGCCAAAACCAAAUGUGGAUACCAUGGACACUGAUCGUUCAAUGCUAUUAUCAAAACUGCCGUUUUCGGAUCCUGGUGUGUCGGUGGUGGACGAUAAGAAUCCAACUGCGGCUUUAUCAAAGAUACUCUCUCUACCACCAUUUGAUCCACAUGCACCCCAUUUGUUAGUGCAAUUAAUCAUUAAAAAUGUAGUUUCGCUUACGCAAUUGAGUCAGCGGGAAGACAAUGUAAUUGAGGUGGACAUUAAGAAAAGCCUUAUAGCGGAGUUAGCAGUUAGCAAGAAGCAUCGCACACUUAGUCCAUUCAUGGAUGCAUCCAACAUACAUGUAAAGCACAGUAACGAUGAGUUCUUUACAUUUUGUUCGUGUAAAAAUUGCUUGAAAUAUCGUGAAAUUGUCAUACAUAUAAUGGUAGAGCAAUUUAAAACGGCGCACAUGGUGGUAAUGUUACUGGAUGUGCUAAUAAAGGCGUACGGGCCAAUGCUAAAAAAUCGGACCGCUUACAAUAAGUUUGAAAAACUUUUGGACGCUAAUAAGGAAAUAUACUGGAUAGCGUGUGGUUUUGUCUAUAAUAAAAAGGCUGAGCAUAUGGAUUUCAUAUAUGAUGAUUCCUUAUCAGAUAAUAUGAUUUUCGUGCUUUUUAGUUCUAUACUAAUGGUAAACAACCCUCUGCUUUUGCUGCAAAUAUUAGCCUUUCACGUGGAAUGCAUCGUUAAGGCAUAUGCAGAAGGUUUUAUCGAAAUUGUUGAACCCGACAGCAAUAAAAUACCUGCUGAGGAAAUGUUAACAUAUAUUUUGGAUGGUUAUGACGACUUGUGUCGCAUAUCGGAACAAAUUUCCAGCUAUUUGUUCGCAUUCGAAAACGAUUUUCUACGCAAAUUCAACUUAACAUGGACAUUGCUGUGUCAACGCUUAUAUCAGCUACAUGUCUACUCUAAUCUCACUGAUACCAUGUUGGCUUGUAUUAUUACUUUGAAAGAGGACGAACUAACCUCGCGACAUGCCUCACUUAUCAAAAAGUACAUUCAGUUUGAUGAUAAAAUGACAUGUGUUGAAAAACGUUGGGCUGACGUUUGGAAUGAACUUAACAAAUUCAAUUUGUCGGAAGCGGAACGCAAACGUCGAAAAUGUCUACUAAAUGUUCAUCGCAUAUUCGAUACUGUGGUACAGGAUGCGAUAGCCUUCUCAUUGCAAGAAUUCGAUGAUGACAAUGAUUUCUACGACUUUCAAUGUCUGGAAAAUAGGCAGCUAGCCUGGCAAAAUAUAAUGGCAUAUACGAAGAUGAAAUGGCCGGAUGGAUUUUUCAAACCACCAAAUACCUUGGUGUGCGAAGACAAGUGCAAGAAAUGCAAUGUGCUAUUGGAAUAUCAUACAGAGAAUUGCAAGUGUAUUACAUGCUCUAUAGCUGGAGGACCAUUGCCACCCCGACGCAACUCGGAUAACACCUGCUACAAGUGUAUGGCGCAAUCGCUAAUAGAAAAGGAAGUUAAUCUGUACGAGUCGAAAAUUUUAAAUGUUUGCACAAGUGAUGAUUUUCUAUCAUUUGUGAGAAGUAAUAGCAAACGUAAAGGUUCCACACAAGAUGAUCUGGACGAUGAAGUUUCCAAGACAUUGCCGGCCGUUGAAGGGAAAAUUGACGACACCAUCGAGUUGGGACAAUAUCAUAUAGCCUGGGCUGUUUUUCAGCAUUUAAAUAAUCGAAAACGUUAUAGAUACACAUCUAUUGACGAAAAAUAUUUUUGCAAAGAUUGCACCAGUCCAUCUUGCCUGUUAGCGCGUAAAAUACUCAACAACGAAGUGACACAUACUCUGUCUCUAAACUUGGUGCAAUACUACCAGCAACUGUCGAUGAGUAUCGAAGAACUUCGUGCUAUACUGCCAAACAUUAUGUUCUAUAAUCGAAAAAUGAUUGCUUUUAACAUUGGAUUCGAUUUAGCGGAUGUUCACGAUCUAGUAGUGAAGAUAUAUUGGACAUUUAUAAUUUCUCUUUAUGCUAGAUAUUUCAUGGAGUUUGAUCUUAAGUGCCCAUUGAACUUAAGCUACUUUGAGUUGGAAAAUAGUGACAUUAAGCUGUGCACAGAUAAAAUAGUAGGCAAUAAGGAUGACACAAAGUUCGUUAAGUUUCUAGAUAAAAUAAAAAGUUUAUCGCCUUUUAAAAGUCAAGUCGAAUCAGAUUUUGCUUUUACUGUUGAUGUACACACUGAAGAGAUUCAAAAGAAAUUGGAUGAACUUCUUAAUUUCGACGAUGCGCAAAACAGCCCGGCCUUAAGUGACCAAAUCCCACCGCCCAUUACCAAUAUCGAAGCAACGACUGUUGUCGAGGAUCAUCCAAAAAAGAAUUGCAAGGAGAAAAUGAAGAAAUGUUGUUUCGAUCAUUCGGAUUUGGGUGAUCACUGCAAAGAAAAUCAUUCCAGCAAGAAGCGCAUCAAAAAGGAGUGCAAUCAUGCUCGCAUGAACGAGACUCGCGAUAGAUUACGUAAAAAACUAUCGCAACUGAUAAAUGCGCGUAAAAACAUGAAAGCUGCGGCAGCCGCAGCAGCGGCAGCCAAUGAUCCACAGCAGCCGCCGCAACCACCGGUGCUGCCAGCUCAAACGACAACGCCAAUAGCAAGCACGAGCACCAAGCAGCCACCUUCAUUAAAGGCGGUAGCUAAAGCAGCAGCAGCAGCUACCGCCGCCAAUUCUAAAACACAUAAUUUCACCGGCAACAAGUUGGAGGAUGAUGAUGACAGCUUGGUUUGUUUAAGUACAUUGUGUAAACGUAUUAGUCAUCUGCAUAUGAAUCAAACUGCUUCGAGUGGGCAAAAUGCGCAGCCAACAACGGAAACGCCCAAUGGUGUGGGCAAAAAAGUUACACCCGCUGCAGUAAUGGGCUCGUCCAGCAUUCCAAUGGCAAAGAGUGCAAAUGCUGCCGCCUGGGAAGCAGCUAAUCGGGAAGUCACUGCCAGCAAGAUGGCUAAUGGCAAAAGUGCUUCAGGUGGCAGUGAGAAGGGCGGUGGUGGUAGUGGUUCACGUGAUUUGAGUGUGCUGAGUGUUUACCUGAACAGCUAUUCGAAAGAGUUCCUAGAUAAUUACUCUCGAGAUCAAUCAAAGGUGCGCAAGUGGAUAAAUGAAACGUUGAGCUACAUCGAAGGUGGAACGGGAGCUUGUAGUAGUAAUGGAAAAAAGCCACAACCGCAAACUACCAAUCCGAAGAAAGCUGCUAAAAAGGCAAAACAAAAGCAACGCAAAGAAGAGGAGAAACGCAUUAUGGAACUGCAGGAUCUGCGCGGACAGUUUCAAGAUAUCUACUUCAAGGAAUUCACUGACAAACACAAACUUAAACUGUUAAAGGGCAGUAAGAAACGUGACAAAAAGCAAAUCGGUGAACUCGAAACAAACAUUAAAAAGCUGCAGCGCGCUAAAGCAAGAGUGGAAACUGUGAUAUUGGAGUUGAUUGCGACAGUAAAGCAAACAAAUGCUGAAUUUAAAUUUUCCUAUUUGCCUACAAAGGAGCAACAAGUGGAAAAGUUGAAGGCAAUUGAAGAGAACGCCAGCGGCGUCGGUACAAGUGUGAGCCCUGAUACCAAUGUAAGCUCAAGCGUGCCAUCCACAAUCGCCAACGCCAUUGAUGGUAUUAAUAACCUGAAUGCCGCUACCGGUAUUGUGCCUGGCAGCAGCAGUUAUGCACUGCCAUCUGCUUAUGCACAUGCCAAUGUGCCCAGCGCAUCAUUUUCUCCUUAUCAAAUUGACUUCCAAUCUUCUCAAAGCGCUACAUUGGGCGCAGGGGCUGCCACUGCGGGUUACGGCAUGAUUCGCGCACCCAUGCCGACACCAAUGUGCUAUGCACCGCCGCCCCAUCAAACACUCUCCCCAGACGUUGUCGCUGCCAUGGCGGCCAACGCUGCCUGCAACUCGAAUACCGACCCCUCCAAACGCAUCGUCACAAUACGCCGCGUUAACUUGCCAAACGUGCCAGAGCCACGUGUCACGGUCACCGCCAAGGGUAGCUCUCCGGAUAAGGACAAGUUACUCUAUACGUUCGUGAAUGGUCAACUGGUACCCACUACGGCGCCGCCAAUGACGCAACUGCCUCUUCAGCAGUUAUCCAAUGUCACGGAACCCCGAGUUACUGUCAGCGCCAAAGUCAAUCCUGCGGACAAAGAUAAGUUGCUCUACUCAUUCGUGAAUGGCCAACUGGUGCCAACAUCGACGCCACCAAUGACACAAUUGCCAUUACAACAAAUACCUUUGCCACUGCCAAUGCAGGCUCCAUCGCCACCGCCGCCCAUUGCUUCCAGCGAAAUGCCGGCGGAACAUUUAUCAUUAACAAUACCACCGCCACCUUUAUCAAAAACGCAACUGAAAAAGGAGAGGCGUCGUGCAGCCAAAUUAGCUGCCGAACAGGCAGCAGCUUUGGCGGCGGCUAAAGAAGAGCAACUGCGACAAGAGCAAGAAUGUGCGCGUGCAGAGAAGGCGAACCAACAAAAAGUAAACAAAAAGAGCAAAUCGAAAACCGAUGAACCAACACAACGGCGGACUGAAACAACAACUGCUAAUUCGAAAUCAAAGAAUAAUCCUGGUAAGAAUGCGGUUACGCCCUCGGCGUCAACCACUUCUGUGUCAACAGCGGACGCUGUUGAGGGAGUACCCAAGAAAGGCAGUAAACCACUAAUAUCAGCAUCACAACGACGUUCAGCAUCCACAACUACUUCUUGCUCUGCCGGCACAUCCUUAUCUGCCACACCAGUCAACAGUCAAAUGAACACGAGAGAAAAUUCCGUGAGCAGUCAGAAGCCGACAUUUGGGGCAGCUGAUAGAGCCAAGAACAUGAAAAUGAUGAACAAAUCAGCUUCUCAGCAACACAAAACUUUGAUUCAAACCGAAAAAACAAUUCCGUCACAAAAACAAAAGGACAUAGUUAAAGGACAACAACAAACCAAUAAGGGCAAUGGUAGCAAUAAGAAAGCGCUCGAAUCUGAAAACAAAGAGAAGGCAAAAUCGGCAUCUCCAGAGCCUUCAGAAACUGUGGAAGAAGAAAUUGAAAUGAAAAAGCGAAAGAAGCGUAAGAAAGAGCAUACGGAACGAGAGCGACUUAUAGACAACGGUCAGUUUGGCAACAAUCCUUUUGCAACACUGCAUACGCAGGAUUCUGAUUCCGACUGGUAUUCAGAUUCGUCAAGCUACGAUGAAACAGACUCGGAAGACGAUCAGCAGACGAGCCCAGUUGUCAUUGUCCCUCAAAAGACAAUAUCAAACCCGCCUGUAUCUAAAUCUAAGGUAGCACUAAAAGCAACAACGACUACUACUACAUCAGUUCCGAUGGCAUCGACAACAACAAAUGCUGCACCAGAUGUUGCAAAGCCAAAAACAAAAACUAGUGGGUUGAAGACAAAAGAUGAAGGUACUUCUAAUCAGCAAAAUCUAAGAUCACAGAAUAAGAAAGGUAAACAGGAACAGCGAAAAGAUGAUGGGGGAGCCAAAAAACAACAGCAACACCAACAAACUGUCACACCACCGCCACCAUCUCAACAACAAUCGUCACAACCAAAACAACGAUCUGCAACCCAACCACAGCGUAAAAACGAUAAGGAUAGGGAACGAGAACGAGAACGAGACAGAGACAGAGAUACGGGAAGCUCUAAGGGUAAAGCCAAAGGAAAGGAAAAUGUGCAAGCGGGGCAAAGCAGUCAGCCAAGUGGUACAGUAGGAAAUAGAACUGCCGGCACAACUUCUGUUGUGGGAGCUACUACGCAUCGAGAACUUCCAUCGAAAUCUGGUCGUCAAUCGUCACGACAACAGAAGUUGACUGAAAACCCAUCACAAAAACCAAUGCAGAGCCAGUUACAAACGCAAUCACAGGAUCCCCCACGCAACAGAGGGGGACGAGGCAAUAGAGGUGGCGGUGGUAAUGGUGGUUGCAGCGGUGAUGGUGGUGGAAAUGAUUCACGUCCAAAACGAGGCGGUGGACGUUAUGAGCGUGGCGGUCGUGGAUCUGGUGGUGGCAAUGGUGGGACGAAUCAAAACUCCUCUCGUCAUUCUGCUGACCCCAACCAUCAAGUCUCCGGUGCUAGUGCCAGCGUUGAGGGUAAACCGCUCUCUAAGCGCGCACAACGACAAGCUCAACGCAAUAAAAAGUUCCAAAAACAACAACACUUGCACCACAAUUACGAGGAUUGCGGUGCAGGCAUACCGAAUAAUAUGGGCUACUUCAACCCGGAUGAAGUUGUGAUACCACCAGAUCCGCAGCCCUCUUUACAGCAUAUACAACAACAGCAACGCCAAUACAAUAGCUUGCCGCAACAGCUCCAAGCGUUACAUAUUGGUGGCAAUUUAAGUGUAAAAGUAAACGGUCAACCCCCGAUGCAACCCAGUUACGCGAGUGUAAGUAAUGGCGGUAAUAAUGCCACCUACCAAGGUAUGGUUCCCGCACUAAGCAUUAUGGAUCAAUUAAAUCGUGGUGUGCAGGUGGAAAAUUUGUCGUUACCGCCCGGCAUUACGCUCACCAAAGUGGAUCCGGUUAAGAGCGAACAGUUGCGCCAGAAGUCCGAAUCCAUACGAAAACUAUCCAAACCCUUGCAGCAGCAACAGGUACAACAGCCACAAUCAUUCCAUCAUAAGGCCGGUGCAACAAUUAUUGCACCACCUGUUGCUCCGGUUGGCAACUAUUUCGGGGCAGCACCAUAUGCAGGUGUGGCAGCAGCAGCCGCUGCAUUAGAGCAAAGUGGCAUCAUAAUGGUUGAAGCAAAUCCGACCAGCAAUAAUAACAACAAGAAAGCCUCUGAAAAAAUUAAUGCAGGCAGCGGAACGGCAACAGGUGGUGGGAAACCAUCAAAAAGUAAGAAGCGGCGUAAUAAAUCGAAACAAGAGAGCAAUGCACGUGCUGCAAAUGCCGCUGCUUCUACUAACGGUCCAAUUAGCGGUAAUAUUGGCGACAUCGCUGCUGAUCAGAAAGUUAACGGACAGCCGAAGAUGAUAACCUUACGAAAUCCGAUGUUCCACGGUGGUGCUGUUAAUGCAGCGGCAACCAUACUACAACAACAACCAGGACUCGUAACAGGCCGCCCGCUUGGGGGAUUGCCGCUAGCCGCACCAAUACCUAUGGAUCAACCAGCUGCAAUAAUUAAGAAUGAGAAUGGCAUGUUCACUAUACGCAAUCCGGCGUUACACCAGGCCGUAACGAAUGGCCUAGCAUUGGGCGGUUAUCGGCAAUUCGGUAAUGUAAGCUAUUAUACGCCGCAAGAAGCCGCUGCCGAGGCUGUUAGAGCCACUCAGCUGCAGCAGCAGCAGCAGCAACAACAACAGCUAAACUCUGCCAACCAAAUGAUUUCAACGAACAACAAUGGUGACGGCAGUAGCGCCUCUUCGUCUUCGGCCUUCUCAUAUUUUUCGAAUACCAGUUCGAAUGCGAGCAGCGGCAAUGCGCCGGCCUCGUCGUCUUCGUCGACUGGCAGUGUGGGUCCCGGUACAAUUGGUAGCACACACAACACCAUCAGUAUUAGCUGUACAAGCAUUGAUGAAAAUGGUGGCAGCACUUCAUUAACUGGUAGUAGUGGCUGCGGCGGCGGCGGCGGCUUGACGGGUGAUGCCGCGAUAAUUGCGCGCCCAUCACCACAACAAAAAUGCAUCUCGGCCAUUGGUAGUGAAGUCAAGAACGCAUUACAGCAAAAGCAGAAAUGCAAGGAAGGCACAACACAAUGGCCCUCAUUCGUGGGACAGGAGCUGCAAAAUACUGUAGUGCCGGGAGCAGAUAACUUGGCAGCUGCGGCGGCGGCGGCAGCUUAUUUAGGUGGUGCAGGAAAUGGUUGUGUUAGUAAUGCCGGUAAUGGUGGUGUUGGUGGUGGUGCAGGUGGCUGUUUAACCGCAGCCUCGUUGCAAGAGAAAUAUCAACAGUCCAGCUACUAUAACGGGUUUGUUGACGUUUUCCCACCAACAGCGCAGACCAGUAGCAGUCAAAUGUCGACACCAGUCGUGCAUUCCGCCAAUACCGGUUCGCUUUUCGAUAGCGCCAAUGAUUGCCAUUUACAUCACCAUAAUUGCGGUGAGGAUUCACCGCCACCCACCAUCACCGGUUAUAAUUCAUAUUUGGAUGGCAUAACCAAUACGGGUGUAAUACGCUACGACGACGCUUCGUUCUUGAAAAAUUUAAUACCAGGACAAAAUCUCAGCAAUGAGGUCUCCAUUCACAACAUAAACGACUCGAAUUUUACACGAAGUACGACAUCACCGGUAGCACAUCGUGUGGAAAUCACGCCGGUCUACCGCAGUAGGCCAACGUCAACGACUACGAAUAUAUACGAGCAUUGUCCAACAUCAGCAGCACUCACCCAGAAUGCAUUGAGCGAGCAACAGGCGAAAUAUCAUCCGACAGUUGUGCCCAAUUACAAUGAUACUUUAGCCGAUUACGGGAAUGAUGCUGGCAUGUUUGCAACAAAUAAUCUCGUUAAUUUGAAUGAGCUCGACGCGGGCAGUGCUGGCACGGAAUCUGAUGUUGAAUCCUAUCAGCGUUAUAAUUAUGAAUAUGAGAGUCAGCAACAGCAGCAGCAGCAACAAAAUGCAAUGCUCGACCUAAACGAACUGCUAAUCAAGAAGAGUUCACACAGCCCGCAUGCGCAAUGCGCUUCUCCAUACCUAGACGAAGCGGCCAUGGACAGUUUUGUGCAAAAUAUCAGUACUUUACAAAUAUCAGCAACCGCAGAUGAGCAAUGCGGCGGCCACAUGAAUGGGAAUGGCAAUGGCAAUAGCGGCGUCGGCAGCGGUGGUGGUGGGAACAAUAAUGGCCGUAGCAGUGUGGGUGCGGCCGGUAUUCCGAGUAAUUCUGCUACCACAACGACGGCUAAUGGUUGGUGGUAAAUGCAAAAUGCAGCGUUUUUGCUGUCGCCCAAUAUCUAUUCUAACGAAACUGCACACAAGUGAACAUAUUACAAUACAAGCUCGAACAUAUGAAUACAAAUAAACAUAUUUACAAAUAUACACAAACCCACACACACAUACACAUGUCAACAUGUUGUUUAUGUUAACUAUAACCGUUAAAAGUCUUAAAUUGUCAAUUUAAGUAAAACGUCAAGAUGUCAAAGAAAUUUUUCUGCACCAGUUUACAUUGUCGUGUAGUGACAGCUCGUCGGUCGGUGGGUCAUUCGUAGAAUGGCGCGCAACUGUUUUUCGCAAUUUAUACACACAAGUAAUAAAAAGAAAGCGAAGAAAAAAUAAUAAAAAAUCUAUCGAAAACAAGUAAAAAUAAACGAAAGUUUUGUCACAUUUGAAAAUGCGAUAACACAAAGUUGCAAAAUACACAUACUUACAUACAUAUAUAUACAAUAAUGAUGAUAAAAAUUAAACUAGAAUGCGAGUAAAAUACAUACAUACAUUGAAAUACAUCAUAAAAAAGAAAAUUACAUAGAUUAAACACUGCUUUCAUUUAUUUGUGUCCGUGGCUUAUCCACAUUCGAAUUUAAGUAAGGAACAUACAUUCAUUAUAUCACAGUUAGUUCCGGUUCUACCACCACUACAUGCACCGGGUAACCAUAAAGACACGGAAAUACAAAACAAUUUAAUUGAACAGCUGUGUGCAUUCAUGAUUAUGUUGCACGUAUAUGUGCAUGCAUAUACAUAUGUGUGUGUGCAACAUAGGGGAAUUUAACAAAUCAAAUGGUUUUGAAUAUACGAACAUUUUGGAGGCACAUGCUUGUGCUCGUGAGUAAAGAGUGCUGCACGUUCGAUGGUGAACGCCUGCACCAAAGUAUUCACAUUGACCUACAUAUGUAUGUACAUAUUUACAUAAUAUGUAUGUAUUAAAAAAAAAUGUCUAUCUAUGUAUGUGCAAGAAUUUUAUUUUUCUAUUUUCUUUCAGCUUUUGACGCCAACUCAAGUUGCGAAUUAGCAAAUAAAAAAAGAUAAUUGUAAUAAAGAAAAAAAUAGUAAUUUUUAAACGUUCAAACGCGAAAGAAAAUCCCGAUGAACAUUGUAAAUAAUAAAUGUGAUGUAUUAAAUAUG